GGCUAUCCGUCGACGGGUUUCAUUGCCUUGAACUCGGCCCUGGUCUUCCUCAUGACCCCCGGUCUCGGCUUCUUCUACUCGGGAAUGGCCCGCUCAAAGAACGCCCUCCAUCUCAUCAUGGCCUGCUAUCUCGCCAUCGCCAUCGUGACCAUCCAGUGGGUCCUGUUCGGGUUCAGCCUUGCCUUCUCCGAAUCAAGCGGUCCGUUCAUCGGCAACUUUGCAUUCGGAGGCAUGACGGGUGUCGGCGCCAACGCUCUCGCCGUUGCUGCACCGAGUGUUCCGGCGGUCGCAUUUGCGCUCUAUCAGCUCCAGUUCGCAACCAUCACAGUGGCGCUGAUCUUUGGCUCAGUUGCCGAGCGCAUCCGACUCCUUCCGGCCAUGUUCUUCAUCUUCUUCUGGACCUCGCUCAUCUAUGAUCCCGUUGCCUAUUGGACAUGGGGUGCUCAUGGAUGGAUUCGCAACAUGGCGUGCUUGAAUCUGACCUCGCCUUCGAGUGCGCCGUGUGGAUACGGCAGUUACGAUUAUGCUGGCGGCGGUCCCGUCCAUGUCGCUUCUGGCUUCAGCGGCCUCGCCUUUGCAAUCUUUCUUGGGAAGCGCAAGAAUAUCGAAAACAUCAAGCCACACAACAUCCUCAACGUCUUCCUUGGAACAGCUCUCCUGUGGUUUGGUUGGUUCGGUUUCAAUGGAGGCUCCGCCAUCUCUGCCACUCCCCGUGCCGCCAUGGCUGCUUUCGUUACGACAGUUGCAGCUUGCGCUGGCGCCAUGUCGUGGCUGCUCUACGACUUUGUCAACAACAGAAAGCUCUCUGGCCUUGGCUUCUGCUCCGGCGCCGUUGCGGCUCUGGUCGGAAUCACCCCGUCGUCUGGAUUUGUGGCUCCGUGGGCCGCCCUGGUGAUCGGGGCCGUCUCCGGUGUGGUCUGCAACCUGUCGUGCCACAUCAAGGUCAAGUUUGGAUUCGACGACUCGCUCGAUGCGUGGGGUGUCCACGGCGUCGGCGGCUUUGUCGGCAACAUCAUGACGGGAGUGUUUGCACAAGCCUGGAUCGCCACACUCGACGGAACAUCGAUUCCCGGCGGAUGGAUGGACGGCAACUGGAUCCAAGUCGGAUACCAGCUUGCAGGAUCAAGUGCGAUUGCAGCAUACUCGUUUGUUGGCACAUACUUGAUCCUGUACCUGCUCGACUUGAUUCCCGGACUGGACUUCCGACCCACCGAGGAAGAAGAGAAGAAGGGCGGCGACAUUGCGUGUAUGGGCGAGACGGCGUAUCAGAUCCUCGAGGCCGUCGGCAUCGACCCAUCGCUCCCUGGUCCGUUCAACAACGUCACGCUCAUCCCCAGGUCCGUGGUCCCCAUCACCGAAGAGGAUGAGGACGAAGAUCCAACGGUCAUCCUGCCGUCAUCGCGAAGGACCAGUGUCAUGGCCGAGUCGAUCUCCACGACGCGUCUGCCCCAAGCCGUGCCCGAAGCUGCCGAUUCCAUGUCUCUGAACAGACAUGUGAGCGUCUAUGCCGUCUACAACCGAGGCAAGGCGACGUAUACCCGCGGAUGAGCGAUUCUGGCGGGGCACACCAGGAUCUGCAGACCACUGUAUCUCCCCUGGCUGGGGUUGUCGGCUUUCCGCACUUUGGCUGUCGUGGGCUCGAGCAAAUGCCUCGAUCCCAAAACGAAACAGGCACACCCUCUUCGAGCCAUGGCUGUCGCUUCUCUGGGCACUGAAUAUACACCAAUCCAUCACCC